AUGAAUACUGGCGUGGCUAUAGGCAAAUAUACAUCCGUGUAUGUGUUCGGAUCGCGUUUUCUUUCUGCCCAAACCAAGCACCCAACCUACCUCCACACCAUCGAUCAUUUUCUCGAAGCUUUCGUUCUUGCACAAUCUCCACCUCACAAACCCACACCCAAAUCCUCUCAGUGUCCACUCUUGCAGCCUAGCAUGGUCAGUCUUGACCCAGGCCACGCGAUCAAUAUUCACCAAUCUGAUCCUUUCUACUUCUUACUGCCACACAUUUUUCCUCCCCUGCCUCUGGCUCAGCCAACCUUCCCAAUUUCAUUCUUACGCUUCUCUUCUUCCUUCAAACCCCACACGCACCCCUUUAACAUUCUCUGCUGCGCUUGUAUCUUUCUUUUUUCCUCACUUCCUCCCCUAAUUCUCUCCCCUCCGUUCUUUCCUUUGCCGGUACCAUUUCCUCUCAAUCCUCAAUUCGUUUCCCUCCACCUCAUCUCUCUCCACCUCCUACUCCAUGCCGGCCACACUCCUUUUCCUUGCCUCCGUCUACCUUCCUCUUUAUUAAGCCCGUGUCCGCACAGAAACCAAGCCGCCACGAGUAUUUCUUUGUACCUCCCUAACCACCCCUUCUCCUCCUCCCUUGAAAACCUACGAUACCCUUCUCUUCUCCGUUUCUCUUCCUGUAUCCUCGACCGAUACAAAGAGAGCACCAUACUGGAUAUUGUGUCCAAAUGA